AUGUCGGCGAAGAUCUGCUUCCUACUAGCCCUGUUGGCUAGAAUUCAUUUCUUCUCUCUUGUAUUGGCGGCAUCCACCACCUCAUACGACUACAUCAUCGUGGGAGGUGGAGCAUGUGGCCUAGUCAUGGCAAACAGGUUAUCGGAAGACAUCCAUCUUUCAGUUUUGGUCAUUGAAAAAGGCGGUUCCGUCCUCCAAAAUCCCCUGGUCUAUAAUACAAGCGUGUAUGGUGCUGCCUUCGGGUCAGCAAUCGAUUAUGCCUACCAGUCUGCCCAGCAGACGUACAUGGGCAAUAAGGUUGAGACGCUGAGGGCAGGCAAAGCUCUAGGUGGGACUACCACUAUCAAUGGCAUGUCAUAUACUCGCGCCGAGGAGAUACAGAUUGAUGCCUGGCAGUGGAUCGGUAAUCAGGGCUGGACCUGGCAGAUCCUCGGUCCUUAUUACAAGAAGGGCAAGAACUUCCAGAUACCUACCCCGGCCCAGUACAGCGCUGGUGCUAAUUACAACGCAUUGUACCAUGGAAAGUCUGGCCCACUGCUUGUGGGAGGGACCUGGGAUAUGCAAAACAGUACCGUGCACACUGAGCUGAGGAGCACAUACGAGCACCUAGGUAUUCCAUAUCUUCCAGAUGUCAACGGAGGCAAGAUGCAUGGCUACUCCAUGUUUUCUCGGACUGUGAACCGUGCUGGAAACGUCCGUGAGGAUGCGGCUCGCGCCUACAAUUACCCCUUCGCAUCCAGACCUAACCUCUCGGUCAUGCUCAACACCACUGGAAACCGCAUUCUUUGGGCCAAUCAGACCGGCACUUUAGGACCCGCUGUUGCCAGCGGUGUUGAGGUCACCCUCAGCGACGGCACUAUAGAAACCAUUAUGGCCAACAAGGAGGUCAUCCUGUCUGCUGGUUCACUGACCUCCCCUGCCAUUCUGGAGCGAUUUGGUGUUGGUAACCCAGAGGUCCUUGCUCAACAUAGCAUCCCUCUCGUCGUCAACCUGACCACAACCGGCCAGGGAACCUAUCUCGGCCACCCACACGCCUAUGACAUCUUCGGAAACAAUAAGACCAAUGUCGCCAACGAUGUCAAGAACAGCCUUGCAAACUACGCUGCCAAGGUUUCUGCCGCCAGCAAUGGCACCAUGAGCGCUGCCAACAUGCUCUCCCUCUUCAAGAUCCAGUACGACAUCAUUUUCGAGAACCCUACCCCUAUCGCCGAGGUGCUCGUUACCCCCAAGGGCACCAACUUCUACAUCGAGUACUGGGGCUUGCUUCCCUCUGCGCGUGGUAACGUCCACAUCGCGUCUACCGACCCCAUGCAGCAGCCCACCAUCAACCCAAACUACAUGAUGCUAGGAUGGGACAUGCAGCAGCAGAUCGGCUCAGGCAAAGUCAUCCGCAAGCUUUUCAACACCGCUCCCAUGAGCGAACACACCACUGGGGAAUCGACACCGGGAUACACCACUCUUCCCACUGGCGCCACCGACGCCCAGUGGGCUUCCUGGAUCAACUCUGCAUCUCGCGCCAACUUCCAUCUCGUCGGUACCGCAGCCAUGAUGCCUCGGGACAUGGGAGGUGUCGUGGAUACCAAGCUUAUGGUCUAUGGUACUGCUAAUGUCCGUGUUGUCGAUGCUUCCGUUUUCCCGUUCCAGGUUUGCGGUCACUUGAUGAGUACCCUGUACGCUGUUGCGGAGCGGGCUGCAGAUACUAUAAAGGCUGAGAAAUACGGUGCAUUAUUUGUGCAAACCGGCCAAGGGUAUGUCUAA